CAAUAUGGCUGCGCCCAUGUGUACUAUUUAACGAAACAGGAAAGGUCGGUUUUUAGCAAUAUUUCAGUUUUGGCAGACGGUUAAGCAGUUCCAAUGGAUUUUGAGUGUGAAAGUUGGGAUGUAUCGGGAGAGGCAGAACAGCUUGCCAGUAACCUGUUUGAAAAGUCAGCACAGAGAUUAAACAAAGCGAAGAAAAGAAAACACAGAGAUGUUGCCAGUUCAGAUCACCCUGCUGUUGUUGGUGCUAACACAGUUAUGGGUUCUAAGAAGGAAAAGAUAAAGAAUGAUAGUACAGCACAGACGGGGAUAGUGAAGACAGAAAACAAGAAUCAUGAAAUGAAUAAAAAUAGUAGUGUUAAAACAAAAAUUGGCAUAAACCCUGGAUUAAAAUUGGGGAAAAGUACAGGGAAAAGGUAUGUUGAAGACACUGGCGACAAGAGUGGAUGCAGUCCUGAAAAGAAAAUGAAAAAGAAGAAAAAUGAUCAUAAUGGCAUUAACAAAAAGAGUUCAGAAGAUGGAGAUACCAGUACUAAAGAUGACACCAAUGCACAUUUGUCCAUGCCAUCUCAAGGUAAAAUGAAAAAGAAGAAACAGAAGAAAAUAAAUGAAAUGGAAGCAAGUAGUGAUGAAAAACAAAAAGAUGCUAGUAAAAACAGUAAUUCACUCAAUUCAAGUCAAGAAACUAGUCAGGUUAAUCAUCUGGAAACGGAAUCCACUGAACAUAAUUCAAGUAAAACGAAAAGGAAAAGAAAAUGUAAGAAGAAUAAAUUCAAGGACUAUUCUAAAGAUAAUUCACAAACUAAUUCUGGUUCAGAAAGUACAUUGAAAUUGAGUGUACAAGAAAACUUGGAAAAAUCAGAGACAAAGGAUGCAAUCAAGGACAAAGAUGCUUCAGCACAUAGUAAAACUGUCAAUGGUUCUUCAGAACCAAAGAAACCAAAGAAAAAAAAGAAGAAGAAUGUAGAUAAAAAUGAAGGCAUUUCUAAACCUGUGGACACAACAGGUAGUCAGAGUGGCAAAACCAAACCCAAAUUUGACAUUGUAAAACUAAAUGCUUUGUUAUCAGCCAAAGGACAAGGAGCGCAAAGUAGUUCAAAUAAAUCUGAAAACAUUGAAGGUAAAUUUAGCAAGAAUAUAUCUCAUAAUGAAAGUGAUAAAAGGAUCACAGAAGCAAAUAUGAAAGAAAGUAAAAGUGGUGAAAAAACAUUACUGGAAAAAAGUAGGGAUCGAUUGAGCGCAGCACGGUUUCGCUACCUGAAUGAACAGCUGUACACGAGCACUGGUAAGGAGGCCCUUGAUUUGUUUAAGAAAGACAGGGAUGCGUUCAGUGUGUACCAUGAGGGGUUCCAGGGACAGGUGGAGAAAUGGCCCACAAACCCUGUGGACAUCAUCAUCAAACAGAUAAAGUCAAAGCCUAAAAAGCUGGUGAUUGCUGACUUUGGGUGUGGUGAUGCUAAGAUUGCUCAAAGUGUGGCAAACAAGGUCCAUUCCUUCGAUCUAGUGGCUCUUAACGACCAUGUGACUGUGUGUGAUAUGUCAAAGGUGCCACUGGAUCCCGGCAGUGUUGACAUAGCUGUGUUCUGUCUGUCUCUGAUGGGUACCAACCUCUCCUCCUACCUGCGAGAGGCUAACAGGAUCCUCAAACACAGUGGCACACUCCUUGUAGCCGAGGUGACCAGCAGGUUUGACAACCCAGGCCGAUUUGUGCUUCAAGUUGAAAAAAUGGGCUUCAAGGUUCGCAAACAGGAUAACAGCAACAAGAUGUUUGUGCUCAUGGACUUCAUGAAAACCUCACCAGUCAAGUCAGGCAACACUGAAGAUAUCAAGUUAAAGCCUUGUGUGUACAAGAAGAGAUAGUACAUGUAGCACUUUCUUUGAGUCAGGCCUAAGUGUAUAACGCUUGAAGUCAUUUUGUUGUCAAAUAAACAUUUUAGCUUUAUCCUUCAUAUGCAUGUUUUCAUUGUUGAUUAUUUUUUAAAGAAUUGUCAUUUUAUGUUAAAGAAGUAAUUGUGAGAUAUUUUUAUCCUGCUUUAGAAUAAUGUAUUUGGGGAAAUUAUAGGGAGACUUAUAAUAAAUAUACAAAAAAGU